AGCUAAGAUGGCAACACUGAAACAGACGCCACUUCUGAAUUGGCGCUAAUAGAGACGCGAAGUAAAACGGAAUUGAAUUGUGAAUAAGUUUCAGCAAUAUGUACGUAAAAAAGCUGGUGCUCGACGGCUUCAAAUCGUACGGUCGGCGCACGGAAAUCGAUGGCUUCGAUCCGGAGUUUACGGCCAUCACCGGUCUGAACGGCUCCGGGAAAUCCAACAUUUUGGACAGCAUUUGCUUCGUGCUGGGCAUCAGUAAUCUGCAGAAUGUGCGCGCCUCCGCUCUGCAAGACUUGGUGUACAAGAAUGGACAGGCGGGUAUAACGAAGGCAACGGUGACCAUUGUGUUCGACAACACAAAUGCCCUGCAGUGUCCGACGGGGUACGAGAAGUGCCGCGAGAUUUCGGUGGCCCGCCAGGUCGUUGUCGGUGGCAAGAACAAAUUCAUAAUCAAUGGCAAGAUCGUGCAGAACAAGAAGGUGCAGGAUUUCUUCUGUUCCAUCCAAUUGAAUGUGAACAAUCCCAACUUCUUGAUUAUGCAGGGCAAGAUCCAGCAAGUGCUCAACAUGAAGCCCAAGGAGGUGCUCUCCAUGGUGGAGGAGGCCGCUGGCACCAGCCAGUAUAAGACAAAGCGCGAUGCCACCAAGAAUCUAAUCGAAAAAAAGGAAUCCAAAGUGCGGGAGACCAAAGCUUUGUUGGAGGAGGAGGUCUAUCCCAAGCUGGUCAAGCUGCAAGAGGAUCGCGCUGCCCACGAGGAGUACAAUAAACUCAAGCGCGAAAUCGAUUAUCUAACCAGAAUCUUCAUCUCUGCGAAUUACCUGAAGCUGUGCGAAAAACUGAAACUGUUGGAGACUAGUGAACAAAAGAUAGACGAUCGCAUAGCCAGUUGCCUUUCGACGCGUGACAAGAACUUGGAAGAAAUGGAAGCUAUUGAAAUCGCUCUCAAGGAGAUGCAGGAGAAGAUUGAUGCCGAGAUGGGUGGAUCGAUAAAGGAGCUCGAGGCCCAACUGAGUGCUAAGCGUGCGCAGGAGGCCAAAGCCUCGGGCAGCCUGAAGGCAGCGCAGGGCACCGUUGAACAAGACCAGCGGAUGAUAAGUACGGCCGCCAAGAACAUUGCCGACGACGAGCGUGCUCUCACCAAAAAGGAGGCCGCCAUGUCAAAGGUUCAGGGGGAAUUUGAAGCUCUAAAAGAGGCAGAUGCGAUCGAUACCAAGGCCUAUGAAGCUGCCCGGCGGAAGCUCGAGGCUGUCUCUCAGGGUCUGUCCACCAAUGAGGAUGGUCAGGCGAGCACAUUGCAGGAGCAGCUAAUAGUGGCUAAGGAACAGUUGAGCGAGGCACAGACCACAAUCAAAAUCUCGGAGAUGGAGCUGCGGCACACACGAGGUCUUUUGAAACAAAAACAGGGCGAAACGCAGACGAACGAUGCUGCCUAUGUGAAGGACAAGGGUCUGCACGACCAGCUUCUGGUGGAGAUCCAGAGCCUUGAGCGACAACUGCAGGGCCUCAACUAUGAGAGCGGGCAGUUCGAGCAGCUGCGUGAGCAGAGAAACCAGCUGCACACGCGCAAGCGUGACCUUAAGCGAGAGCUGGAUCGUUGCAAUGCCUCUCGCUACGAUCUGCAGUACCAGGAUCCAGAGCCGAACUUUGAUCGCCGCAAAGUGCGUGGCAUGGUGGGGAAGCUCUUUCAGGUGUCCGAUAUGCAAAACUCCAUGGCCUUGAUGACCGCAGCAGGCGGAAGUUUGUACAGUUAUGUGACGGACGAUGAUGUGACCAGCAAGAAGAUCCUGCAGAGGGGCAACUUGCAGCGGCGUGUCACCAUGAUGCCCAUCAACAAGAUUAAUUCGCACUCGCUUAACAAGAACGUGGUGGACUAUGCCCAGAGCAAGGUUGGCCCAGAGAAUGUCCAGUGGGCCCUGUCCCUUGUCCAGUACGAUCGCUACUACGAGCCGGUCAUGAAGUUUUGCUUUGGCAGCGUUCUAGUCUGUAAAGAUCUGGACGUGGCCAAGAAGGUCAGCUACGAUCCGCGUAUAAAUUGCCGUUCGGUUACAUUGGAAGGCGACUUGGUGGACCCGCACGGCACUGUGUCGGGUGGUGCUGCGCCUAAGGGAGCAAACAUCUUGGAGGAAUUGCACUCUAUCCGCGAAUUGGAAAAGAAUUACAAGAAACUCGAGGUCGAGUUGCAGCGUGUGGAGCAGGAAAUGGCUUCCAUCGAGAAUCUGGCCCACUCGUACAACAAGAUUAAAGAGAAUCUUGAUCUGCGCCAGCACGAGCUGACCAUGUGCAAAAGCCGUCUGGCCCAGACCACAUUCCAGCAGAACCAGGCCGAGAUCGAGGAGAUGAAGGAGAAGGUCCAGUCCUUGGAGCAGCAGAAUGCAGAUUCCCGGGAAAAGCAGAAGACCUCCCAGGUCAAGAUCAAGGAUAUCGAAGCAAAGUUGGCCGAUGCCAAGGGGUAUCGCGAGCGCGAGCUAAAGUCGGCCACCAAUGAGGUGAAGGAGACCAAGCAGAGGGCGGAGAAGUCGAGUGCCAAUUGGAAGAAGCGAGAGCAGGAGUUCGAGACACUGAGGCUAGAGAUCACUGAGCUGCAGAAAACCAUUGAAUCAUCCAAGCAGCAGCACCAGGAGAUGGUCGAAAAUCUCGAGAAGUUCAUCGCCGAUCUGGCUGCUCUGCAGGAGAAGAGCUCUAGUGCAGUGUCCGAGGUGGCGGAGCUCGAGCAGGGCAUUAAAGCGCAGAAGGAUAAGCUACAUGCCCAGAACAAGGAGAUGCGAAAUUUGCAGGGGAAGAGGGAAAAGAUGGAAAAGCAGAACCAGGAACUUGAGCUGCAGGUAAAGAAAAAGGAGAAUGAAAAGAGCAAGUCCGGCUCUCAGACCAACGAGGCCAAGAGGCGGAUUCAAGACCUAGAGGUAAAGUAUCCCUGGAUUCCAGAGGAAAAAAGUGCCUUUGGCGUGAAGAACACCCGCUACGACUACAGCAAGACGAAUCCCAUUGAAGCUGGCAACAAGCUGGAACAGAUGCAGGAGAGUAAGGAUAAAAUGGAGCGAACGCUUAACAUGAAUGCCAUCGCGAUUCUGACCCGAGAGCAAGAGAACUACGACGAGACACAGCGUCGCCGCAACAUCGUGGCCCUCGACAAGGAGAAGAUUAAGAAAAUUAUUGUGAAAAUGGACGAAGAGGAGCAGGAACAGCUGAACCGCGCGGCCACCGAGGUUAACAGCAAUUUCAGUAGCAUUUUCAGCACUCUCCUGCCGGGUGCCGAUGCCCGUCUCAAUCCCGUCCUGACCAACGGCUGUCUUUUAGGCCUUGAGAUCAAGGUCGGCUUCAAUGGGACGUGGAAGGAGAGUCUCGGUGAAUUGUCCGGUGGCCAAAAGUCUCUGGUGGCUCUAUCCCUUGUCCUGGCCAUGCUCAAGUUCUCGCCAGCUCCCCUCUAUAUAUUGGACGAGGUGGACGCCGCCCUGGACAUGUCGCACACGCAGAACAUUGGCAGCAUGUUGAAGCAGCACUUUACCAACUCUCAGUUCCUUAUUGUGUCGCUCAAGGACGGCCUCUUCAAUCAUGCAAAUGUGCUGUUCCGCACGCUUUUCGAGGAGGGCGUCUCUACCGUCUCGCGGCAGGUCAGCAGAUCGGGCACCACCGGUGGCCACAAACGUUGAUCUGUUUUCAGUGCUGGUUCUACUAUUUCAUUCUCAUUUUGAAAAUUGAAAUCUCAUCUAAAUUCACGAGAGAAUUCAUGUACAUAUACAAAUAAUUGAAGUACUGAAAAUAAAUACUAUUUCACCUAUAAAUUUA